AUGGAGGCGAUCCAACGUAUUCUCCCGGGGGGGCUGCUGGUGUCCCUCCAAGUGGUGCUGGCAACACUGGUACUCGGCACCAUCUAUUCGCUUGUCACUGCGGAGCGGCCCUUUGCCGGGUUCCCAGUCAUCGCGCUCGAGGGCAAGAGUCCGGUAAAAAGUUGGACGUGGCAUGGCCGGGAAGCCAUCGCAGAAGGCUUGCGAAGGUUCUCCGGGCCCUUCCAGGUCAUGUCCGGGACUGGCCCAAAAAUUGUCCUGCCAAAUCGGUUCGCCGACGAGAUUCGCAACCACCCUUCAUUUGAUCUCAACGAGGCAUUGGCUAAAGAUUUUAUGGUCAACUACCCAGGCUUCGAGCCCCAUCGGCAGCUGCGAGGAAACCAUCUAUUUCUGGAGACAGUGCGGGUGAAACUUACACAGUCUCUCAGCUUGGUCACGACGGAUCUCAUCGACGAGACAGCCUCGUCGCUCUACGACGUGCUUGGCGAUGGCGACGAAUGGACGACACGAGCAAUUAGACAGGACAUGCUGGAAAUUGUCGCCCGGCUUUCGUCCAGGGUGUUCUUGGGAAAGGACUUAUGCCGAAACCGGACCUGGCUUGAGAUCGCUAAAAACUAUACUGUCGACUCGUUCAUCGUCUCGAACAUUAUGAGGGCUGCCCCGGCGGUCCUGCGUCCAAUCGUCUACAUAUGCCUCCCUCAGUCGUGGUCACUAAUACGGGCCGUCCGGGACGCGCGAAAGCUUAUCAACCCCGAGGUGGAGCGUCGCAAGGCCUUGGUCGACGCGGCUCGUGCCUCGGGCAAUAAGGCGUCCAAAGUCGCGGAUACCAUCGGAUGGAUGUAUGAGCUGGCGAAGGGCCGCAAGGCGGAUUUGGUUGCGGGCCAGCUCUUGCUCACGAUGGCAGCCAUACACACGACAACAGAGACGACUUGCCAGGCACUGCUCGACAUCUGCCAGUAUCCCGACGUGGCCCGGCAACUUAGAGAGGAGGUUAUCCAAGUCGUCGGCGAGCAUGGGUGGGCUAAGACGUCGCUAUACAAGCUUAGGCUUAUGGACAGCUUCCUGAAGGAGGGACAACGACUCCACCCCAUGGUUACAUCAACUAUGAACCGCUACGUAACGGAAAACGUAGAACUCUCGGAUGGGACUGUACUGCCAAAGGGCGCUCAGGUUAUCGUGGCAACCAACUUCAUGGACCCAACGAUUUACCCCGAGCCUGAGAAAUUCGAUGCUGCGAGGUUCCUGAAGUUGCGACAGCAAACCGGCCAAGAGAACAACUGGCAGUUCGUCACCACAACCCCGUCCCAUACUCUUUUUGGACACGGUCAGCAUGCUUGCCCGGGACGGUUCUUCGCCUCGAACGAGGUGAAGAUCGCACUAUGCCAUUUCCUGCUGAAGUACGAGUGGAGAUUUCUUCCGGGCGAAGACAGACCAGCUCCCCAACUGUUUGAGUCCGUCUCCAGCGUUAGGCCAGACUCGAAGGUCCAGGUGCUGCGGAGGAAGGCGGAAAUUGACCUUGACAAUUACUGA